AUUGAGCAUCCCAGUGAGUGUGAAGAGGGCGAACACCAGGAGAGAGAACAUGAUCGUCGACACCUCCAGCUCAGUAAAUGGAGAUGCCAUCUUCACCCGCUGCCGCAGCUGUGAACGUUUCAUCUGUAAAAUCUGUUUUCCCACAAAGCACGAGGGAACAGGAGGAGGAGGAGGAAGUGGUGCGCACUGUUGAGUAGUUUCCCAGUCGUCAUGACGACUUCACACCCAACCAUUUCCAGAGCUGUCUUCCUGUUGCCACGGUGACCUGAUCCCAUCUCCGUUUCUCUUGGUGAUCUGGAUUGGGCUGAUUAAGGAAAGCGAUCCCGGAGAGCUGUCCCUUUUCCCUAAAAGCGGCUCGUGGAUGGGACAGCAGAUCACGCGCAGGGACGCAAAUCGGAGGACAGGAAGGCGCGGCGUGCUGGGAAAACUGUGGGAGUAAUACCAGAGUGUUGCCUAGAAACAUCAGCAUGCCAAUACAACAGAUAAGUGUGGUUCCGGCCAGGGAGACAGCCAGCAACGGCAAGAGCACUGCUCGCUCCAAAGACAAGAGCGAGGGGAGGAAGGCCCCCGGGCGCUCAGGGAGUCGAUCCAGCAACAUCUCCAAGGCCAGCAACUCUACAACAGGUCUAACUACAGCCUCUAGAACAUCAAUCACGCCGUCUUCUCAGGACAUAUGCAGUUCUAGCCAGCUGACCCGUUUAGAGGAGGAUGUUUCUGAAUCGCACAAACACAACAAGCACACACACGCCUCUGUGAUGGCCGUCACCAGCACAACUGUGGGCUCGUCAGCUCAAGUGCAGAAGAAGCAGGUGAAGCGCCGUCACCGCCGCAAGAGGAACAGCUGCACCACCUACGACGGCUUGGAAACCAAUGGCAAACAGGAGCAGACCGAACUUAGCUCGGACCGCAGCGAGCACGGGGAGAAGAGGGAGCGGCCUGUCAAGAACCAGAGAGAGCUCCCACCUCGCCUCCGCUGCUCAGGGGCCCCCCAGUCAGACUCCACAUCUGAGGAUGAGGCGUGGCGUGAGGCCCGCAGCUGGAGCAAAGAGAAAGCCCGAAGAGUGCGCCGCCGCAGCGGAAGCAGCCGAGAGAGGGACGGGGCGAACUGGGAUAAAGGAGGGGAAGACAAAGCCGUGGAGCUGCAGUCAGUGGGCUCAGAUGAAGGGAGGGAGAACCGGUCUCUGGUGGAGGACAACGAAGGCCUUAAAAAGCGCCACAGCAGCAGAGCCUCGAUGAAGAGAGAUGGCCACGUUUCACAGAGAGAAAGCUCACACCGCACAGAUAAAGAGAAGUGCUACAAGUCAGGAGACAGCUCCUCAUUGGCAGAGGACUGCGAGAAGCUCAUCACCAAGAGAUACCAGGAAAGGGGGUCAGGGGGUGGAGACAUGUCAGUGCCCACACCACAGAAACGCUGCGGUAUAAAUGGAGGCACACAACAGGAGUACUCUGAGGACUCAGCGAUGGAGGUCUGCAGGAUCUGCCACUGUGAGGGGGAUGACGAGUGCCCGUUGAUAAUGCCUUGUCGCUGCACGGGGAGCCUGAGUUUCGUCCACCGGACCUGUCUCAACCAGUGGAUCAAAUCCUCAGACACUCACUGCUGUGAACUCUGCAAGUUUGACUUCAUUAUGGAGACAAAGCUCAAACCUUUACGCAUGUGGGAGAGGCUACACAUGUCGAAGAGCGAGAGGAGGAAGAUCUUCUGUUCAGUGUUGUUUCACCUAAUAGCAAUAGUGUGUAUGUUGUGGUCCGUCUAUGUUCUGGUCAAAAGAACCAUGGAAGAGAUCAGACUUGGGAAGAACGACGAGUUAUGGAGAUUUUCUCUUCUGAAGUACUAUAAGUACCAUGCACCAAAUGGUGUGCUGGAGUGGCCCUUCUGGACCAAGCUGAUUGUGGUGGCCAUAGGCCUCACAGGCGGCCUCAUCUUCAUGUACAUCCAGUGUAAAAUCUACCUGCAGCUAUGGCGCCGCCUCAAGGCCUUCAACCGCAUAAUCACUGUGCAGAACUGCCCCGAGAAAGACCUGCACAACCCCCAGGCCCGACCCAGUGCCCUGCCUAACGGCAGGCACGAAACUGUGGAGGUUCCGGUCAGUCCGGGCCCCAUCCCGGCUCCAGAGGCACAGAUUGACUCGGACAUGUCUGUGGAGGCUGCGGUGGCGCCGGCACAAAACCCCGUCUGACCAAUUUUCCUCACGCUCAGAAAGAGUCCUGAAUUACAUCCUGCCCAUCCAACAACACAAGCCGGUGUGAGCAGCGUGUGAUUUAGACUUGUACAGUGUUUUAGUGUUGUACAUCUCAGCUCCUGUGCUGAUCUUGAGACACAACAGACAUUUAAAGUCCUUCAGUGAUCUAGCAAAAAAACUGAAAGGCUAAAGGGCUGCAGUGACAUGAAUGUGCAAAGUAAAAACAAAAAAAAAAACGUCAGAAAACGGAGAGAAGAGGAGGUGAGGAGAUGUAAAGGAAAAUAAAGCCAUCAGCAAGAGACGUUUGUAAAGACUACAAGUUGUGUGCUAUAUUUAGUUUUAGUUCGGUAUGCACUUUCUUAAACUGCACAGACAUGAGUUAAAGGUGUGGAUGCUAUUAAAGGUCUCAGUAUGCUUCAAACCAACCUCGGACGACACUUCUUACAACCACAUCUUAAGGCCACACGUGGUUGCUGAGUGGAAAGCCUGCGGUCUGCUAAGUGGAAACUCUGCUGUCUGCUAAGUGGAAACUCUGCUGCGAGAUGCGAGGAAUUGUACAAACAGGGAUAAUGGUGCACACUCUGAAGUCAUGCAGAUAUCAGCACAGACACAGCAUACCAUUCUACAUUGGGUUUCUGAUAGGUAAAGUUUUUGGACGCAGCCCGGGGUUCCAGAUACUUCAGCUAUAUUUAUACCGCCAGCAUCUGCAAGGGUUCGGUCCGUGACGUACAGUAAAUGUCUUCAUCUGCCCAUGUCUGUGACUUGUCCGUGUCCUGGUCUAGUUGGUGGCGUACGCACCUCUAGCUGAUUUUCCAAGGAGAAGAAAAGAAAAAGUGGGAUGAGGACAGUAAAGGCCGAACUUUGUAAAUUUCAAAAGACAGAGCACAGUGUUAAAGGAGGAAAAUGCCGGUCUUUAAGAAUACAAAGACCACCAAACCACGACCCUGGAGUAGAGGGUGGAUUGGGAAAUACACGUGACGCACACGAAUAAGGUAUGACUAGAACCGCGUGUGUGCGAGUGACUGAUGAAGUCCGCAGACGCCGAAUGCGAUCAAUACGUCCAAGACUUUAGACGAUACUAUAAGCACUUACAAAAGCCCUGUAAGGCUGGGGGAAGGUUAAAAAGCAGACAUCUAACGACCAAAGUGUCAUAGUUUUCCCAAACAGCUACCCUCAUCUUAAACAUGGUGUCACAGAGACGUGCUAAUCAUCAAAAUGGAAAUAAUGGCACACACUUUGGGACAGUAUCUCCUCAUAGGAAUUCAUGCCGUUGCAUUUGGUUGUGUAAAGAAUGGAAAAGAAGAGCUUGAGAAAAGAAGUUUAUAUUGUAGCCUGCCUACUUUCACACCUCCGCACACUUGGCCAACCGUUCUGUGAAGUGUGACUUGCAAAAGCAGGUUUGAGAUGCUGUUAGACAAUCCAACAAGCGCUUUGUUUGAAGCAUACUGAGGCCUUCUGAACAAUCAGGUCUUCAGACACCAAAGAGUAAAGAUACGACAAGUAGAGGAACAAUUAUUUAAACUGUAUAUUUAGCUCAGUCUGAAAUCUGAUAAUGUAAUGUUUUGAAAAGGCUGAAUUUAUUUAUCGUAGGUGAGUUUUGAACAUUUCUUUAAAAAAAAAAAGACAAUGUCAAGUAGCCACGUUAUUUGACGUUUUGUUUGACAGUUUGCAGCUUUAUGGAGGUCCCCCUCCGCGAGGUCCUGAUAUUUAUACAUUUAUGUAAUUAGAGCUUUCAUGGAUGCCAUACGUUAAUGAUUUUACAUUAAACUUGACACACUGUGUGAGUGACUGACCAGUUAAUAAAAAAAAGAAAAAAAGACGAUGUUUACACUUUCUGUCCACUUUUCUACAGGUUUAAUUUGGGUUUUUUACCAGUGUCAUGUCACAGAAAAACAAAAUUUUCUCUGUCUUAGAGCCACAGCAACAUUAGAGCACUCAACAUCUUUGUCGAAACCUUUUUUUAAAUCUGUGAUUGGAUAAAAUGGGAGUAUUGAGGUUACAUACAAUUCAUAUUUGUGCAAUAAACAAUGAAUGUAGAACCCCU